UUUGCAGUUGCAUUGUCUUUGUAUGAGCCCUAGAUUGUACUCAUUCACAUGGCUGCAUUAAUUGAUUCUACCUUGGAUUCCCAAUCCACAUGUACGUAGUUGCUCCUUGAUGCCAUGUAAAUCGCGCUGGUAUUUGAUCCUUUUUCCGUCUGGAGUAUGCGUGAAAUGAUUCUGACGACGAUGGUGGUGAUGCUGGAGGUGAUGGUGGUGCGGAUGAAGACCUAAUGCAAAACGACAAGGCGCAACGCACAAAACGCAUCUGUCUGUCCCGAGUACCGAAACGGGCUCACGCACUGACUGACACGAUUUUUAAUGGCAGCAACCGCUGCGCAUCUCAAUUUACAGACACAAAGCAUCAAGCCCAAGCGCCGACGCUGCCGUGAGAUUACCAUCACUGCGUCGUCCGCUUUGGAUUCUGCUGCAGCUCCGGUAUCAUCUUCGUCUGCUUCCGCCGCGGGGUUUGCUGCUCAGGGACAGUGUCAGAGUCGCAGACUUGAGACCCCCAUUGUGGUGUCUACGGACAGUUCCUGGUGCUGCUCCGCUUCUAAACCUACUAUUCCGACGCCGGUGGAAGGCGCGGCGGCCUCUUUGUCAUCGUUGAUAUUGUCCCCUCAAAUUCCUUCCUCCCCUUCAGAUCUGAAGAUCCUUCGUUCUCCUUCCACCAUGGAUUAUUAUAAUUCCAGCGUCUACGGUGGAGUUCCUCCAACCGCUACAGCCUCGUCCGCCUCGGCGGAUAAUUUUCCGUCAUCGUUAAGCAAAUUUAACUCUGCGCUCACGGCGGGCCUCCUCAACCCAAUGUCGCCUCCGCCUAUGGUGGAUAAAACCCGUUCAAGCCCUACCCUGUUCGAAAUGAUGGCAAAUGAACCCGAUUGCCAUCCAAGGGCAACAGCCAUCGGCCAAAACGGCGUCGUUUCAGCUCAGAACCACCAAGGCGCCAGAUUCACAGCAAAUCCACCACUUCAAGACAAGAAGGCAUUAAUGCAGCAGCGGUUGAUGGAUCUCCUUGCAUCAAGGAGCCCUGGAAACCAGUUUAACGAUGCAGUUUCGGGCGAUGUGAAGCUGACCUUGAGCUCUAAGGAUGGGAUUAACGUUUCGAUAAGUGUUCAUAGGCAGAUCCUAGUGGCCCACAGUAGAUUUUUUUCUUUGAAGUUGAACGAGAAGUGGGUGAGGCAGCAGAGGAGUCCAGGACCCUAUGUUGUGGAGAUUGUGGAUUGUGACGACAUUGAGGUUUAUAUUGAGACUCUGAGGUUGAUGUAUUGUAAGGAUUUGAGGAGAAAGCUUAUGAAAGAGGAUGUUCCCCGCGUGCUAGGUAUUCUUAAGGUCUCAGCUGCAAUUGGAUUUGAUGCCGGAGUUUUAUCUUGCUUGGAGUACUUAGAAGCUGCACCAUGGUCAGAAGAUGAGGAGGAAAAGGUAGCUUCACUCUUGUCAGAGCUUAGGCUUGAAGGAGUGGGGGCUGAUGAAGUUUUAAAGAGAGUUUCUGCAGAUGUAAAUCCAAGGAAUGAUGAUGAACAUGAUAAUGAAGAACUACUUCUCAAGCUAUUACGUGUAGUUCUUGAAGGAAAAGAUGAGAAAGCUAGAAGAGAGAUGAAAAGUUUGUUAGUCAAAAUGUUGCGUGAGAAUUCAUCGCAUGACCUGAGGAAGGAAUCGAUAUACUCAGCUUGUGACAGGUGCCUGCAAUUGCUCCGGAAACACUUUCUAUUGGCAGCUGAAGCAAACUUUGAAAGUGUAGGCCAGAUAUCUCGCCAGGCUGAUAAUUUGCAUUGGCUGUUGGAUAUACUGAUCGAUCGACAGCUUGCUGAGGACUUUCUAAAGACAUGGGCCUCACAGUUGGAAUUGUCUGAGGUGCAUUCUAAAGUUCCUGCCAUUCACAGAUAUGAAAUUAGCAGGGUUACAGCUAGACUGUUUGUUGGGAUUGGAAAGGGCCAGCUUUUGGCUUCAAAAGAGGCUAGGUGCUCGCUAUUGCAGACAUGGUUGGUGCCGUUUUAUGAGGACUUUGGAUGGAUGAGGAGGGCCACAAAGGGUCUCGACCGGCAUCUGAUAGAGGAAGGCCUAAGCAACACUAUAUUGACUUUACCAAUGACAUGGCAACAAGAUAUUUUCAUGUCAUGGUUUGAUCAGUUUGUAAAUUGUGGUGAUGAUUGUCCUAAUAUACAAAGAGGGUUUGAGGUUUGGUGGCGGAGAGCAUUCUGGAGGCGAAGCCAAGAGCCUGAGAAACCUCCUCAACUGCGAAUUAUGGCUGCCAGCAUAGAGAAUUCAUGAUCUUACAUGGGGAAAGAAAUCAAGAAAUAAGUCGAAGGAGUAAUUCGCCUGAUUUUAACAAUUGAGUUGUCGAAUCAAUUCCUGACUGUUUCCUUCUGAUAAUAUGGUUUUCAGUGCAGCUGGAGCCUGGAACUGGAAUGCUUUUUCUGAACAAAAUCUAUACUUCACUAUGACGCACCCACAAAUCCAGGUAAAAAAAUCAAACUUAAGCUGCUGGACUCAUGAUUUUAACUUCAAGUCAUUAAUGUUGAGCGAAGAAUGCACUCGGAUUUAGCUACUGUACGAGAAAAAGCAAAGCUAGAAAUGUGCAUUUCUAUUGCCAAUGUGCCUUACUUGAUUCAUGUUAUGUGAUUGCUUUGCUCUUUCAUGUUAGGCUGUAAUUGUUGCAUGUCCUGAAAGUUUUCCUUGUAUGAUCUUUUACUUGUCCCACGUUCUGCUACGAGGAUAAAGCCUUUUGUCCUCAAUAUUUUCUUCUGAAUAUUAUUACUAUUCUCAUCCUUGCAAAUCAA